AUGGAUACGGAGAGCUCUCAUACGCAAGAGAAUGAAUUCGCACAGUCACCCUGGAUGGAUAUGGGGGCUUUCCAACCGUCUCCUCAGAACUCGCCCCCAAUGGAUUACUCAGGGUUUGGAUAUGGGGUAAUGCCGCUGGACACUCCGUACGGUGUUUCGAUACCUCCUCCAUAUGCAUCAUUACCUUUGACGAUGCCUUCAAAUACAUGGCCCAGCAUGCUCACGACUCAACCACAAUUCCCAGAACAAGGCCUGGCGCCGGUUCCCAUCCCGGCAUCCACAGCGCCAGUCACCCCGGUUCAACCGCCUCGCAAAUCGUCCACCAGUGGCUCCACGCCUCGGAGGACUCUGACCGAUGAGGACCGUCGGCGAAUGUGUCUCUAUCAUGAAGAACACAAGACGGCUAAACAGACUGACAUUGGAGCCUUAUUUGGAGUAGAGAGGAGCACUGUUUCCAAGGUGCUUCGUCAGAAAGAGAAGUAUCUUAAUCCAGACGAAGGAAGUCGGUCACCAAUUAAGCGAGCCAAGGGACGAGUUCCCGACAUUGAAAAGGCUCUAUCGAAUUGGGUGAGGAACUACCAAAAGCAGGGUUACCCACUGAGCGAUGAAAUGAUCAGAGAAAAGGCUCUGUUCUUCGCAAGCACUUGUGGCAGUCCAGACGGCAAAGAAAAGGUCCUUACCCAAAGCUGGUUGGAAAAGUUCAAGCUGAAGAACAACCUGAUGGGCGCGAAGUCUCGGAAGAGCUCAUUUGCGAAAAGCGAUUCAGAGAGCCCUACACGUUUGACUAUCGAUUCUGCACUAGCUUCUGCUGUGCAGUCCCCUGCUGUGCUUUCUCCCACCUCACCCACCGGGUUUGCAUCGCCGUCGCCAUUGUCUCCCAUCAUGAGCCCAGAGCACAUGCGCAAGGAGCUUGCAAAGAACCUCGAUGAGCUUGCUGAGUAUCAGCACAAACACGCGAAAAGCACCACCUCGCUCGAUACGACUUGCUCGCUUUCUGCCAGUGUCACUAGCCCCACGUCCACAUUAGUAUCGGACAGUCCAUUCACACCUGUCAGUCAGUCGCGCGGAUCUCUCGCGGACGGCCAGUCGAAUAGGCCGCGAAGCCAGACGCUUCCGACAGGCACCCUCGACCCUUCCUUGAUGUCUACUGAAGAAUCCUCCGAUCAUUUGCUCUCUAAAGCGGCUUUGCAGCAGUCAUUGUCUAUCACGACCCUUGAGUCGCCUCUCGAGGACGAGCACACCUCGACGAAGGGCCCGGGUCUCGAUACAUCAUCCAAUACCAUCAAGCGCAAUCGCAGCAAUCCUGAGAUCAAGGCAAAGUCCAUAUACCCGCCCUCUUUUUCCAAAUCGACAACCGUGUCACCGAUUAGUUCCCCGGGGUCUCCAACGCAGGAUGAGGCACGAAGAGCUCUUGAGCUUGUGGUGUCCUAUUUCGAGCACCAGCCAACGGGACUCGGCGCACAGGAAUUCGUAACCAUCGGGAAAUUGAUGGAGAGACUCGAGCUCGCCAGGGCUCAGCAAACUGCUCUCCCGGGUGGUCUGGCUCGCAUUGAUGAACUUGAAGAUGCUCCUCAACUGACCAAGAAACGAAGCAUUCACAACCUGGGUUAA